AUGGGCGGUGAAGUGCGAAUAGCUUGGCUUAUCCUCGGCUGCUUGCUCUUGCUCCGGGCAGAAACUCCUUCUCAAUCCCCUCCGAAUGUUGGCACAAAGCCAAUCAUCUACAAAAAGGGCAUGGAGCUCCCGGAGACAUUGCCAAAGCCGGAACAGGACAAGCCAAAAUCUGAUACGCCCGACUCGGCGCCGAUCAUCUACAAGAAGGAAGACACAGUAAAAGUAGAGCAGCCUCUAACCGCUACAGUCGCGCCAAAGAUUGAUCCAAAGGACAACGAUAAGGGCCCAAAAAUCGAGCCGAAGGUCGAGAUCGUCAAAACGGAGCCGACAACGCACGCUGCUGAAACAACUGCGGCUCCGAAACAGGAGAGCAAAAAACAAGAAGAGGACUACCUCUCCGACGAUCAGAAGCCGGAUGUUGAGGAGGGGAAAGAUGAUAAGGAGGAGGAACAGCAACCCGAGCCCAUCCAAGCGAUUGACGAGGAGUCGAAUGAGGAAUUGGCCAAGUCGACGAAAGAAAAAAGU